AUUAUUACAUCUCUAACAUGUUACAGCUGUCAACUUGGCAACGCUUGAAAAUUUUUGUUUGCGCCAAAGGGGGUAGCAUUUUGCGGAAUUCCAUUGCUAAGCAAUUUUCUGCACAUUUAGUAAAUAAAUAAAUAAUUUAAACCGGUGGAUAUAGUGGAAAAAGUGCUUAAGAAAACACGGACGAUGAGUUUGAGUCUCUGCCGCAAGCGGCGUUCCAAAGAGAACAGCGAUGCUUCGACUGUUUGUACCAACAUUAGCACAGCAGCUACGCAGGGAAAUCACACAAGUGCGAAACAACUCAAAAUAAAUGAGCUUGCUGCUGAUCCCCUAGCAAAUAACGCAGUGGCACAGGAUAACAUACCAACAUGUAGCCAAGCAAAGAGGCAGAAGCGGAUUGAAGUACGACAAUCAAACGCUUCAAGUUCGCAAAUAGCGCUAGAUACGUUUCGUUGUGGCAAGAUCAAUAAGGUAGUUUUGGUAAAUUUUAUGUGUCAUGCCCAUUAUCGCAUCGAAAUGCAUCCGCGCGUCAAUUUUAUGGUUGGACGCAAUGGUUGCGGCAAAAGCGCUAUACUCGCUGCACUUGUUGUCGGAAUGGGUGGACGUGCACGAGCCACUAAUCGCUCGACGGCAUUACACAGUUUAAUAAGAAACGGUCAAAGUACAGCGCGCGUCGAAAUCACCAUCUCCAAUGAGGGUCCUGAGGCUUUUAGACCUGAAGAGUAUGGCGAUGAAAUAACAAUUGUGCGUAACAUCACACAAACAGCGAGUAAUUACAAAAUUAAGAAUGCACAUGGACGCGUUGUAUCAGAUAAAUUUGACGAAUUGAAGCGGAUCAUAGAAAUACACAAUAUACAAGUUGAUAACCCGGCAUUUGUAAUGAAUCAAGAUAGUGCGCGUGAAUUUUUGAAGGACAUGGAACCAAAGAAAAAUUAUCAGCUAUUUUUAAAGGCCACACAGCUCGAUUCAAUACAGGAUCAGCUGUACAAGUGCUAUUAUGAAUAUCAGGAUCACAAACAACGUUUGAAACAUAUAGAAAAGAAAUUAGAGCAGGAUCAACAAAGGAUCGCAGAACUAGAGUCGGAACAUCGUAAAUUGUUAUCAUUUGCACAACUUAAACAUGAAAUAAAUCAGAAACGUUCUGAAUACGAGUGGUCAUUGGUAAGCCACUUGGAGCAGGAAAUUAACAAAGUGGAAGAAGCGCUUGUAGAGGCUCUAAGCGAACGUGAGAAAUUGGAAGAGCAAUCUCUGCGCAAAAAUGAAAUUGAAAAUGAACGCAAAACUGAGAUAGACCGCUGUAUGGAAAUAAUCCAUCUUAACCGGGCAGAAUACAGUGAAAAAAAUGAAAAAUGCCAAAGCAUCAAUGCGAGAUUGAAAGAAAAGGCAAACAAUUGUCAUAGCUUGAAAUAUGACGUCGAGAAUUAUAAAAAGCGUGUUUCGCAUUUGGAAUCGAUAAUAGUUGAUUUGCAGCAAAAUAUCGCACAGCGUUCAAAAUCAAUGGGUGUUGAAGAACUGCGGCGUCGCAAUGAAGCUGAACUGGAGACUUUACGCAAAACACAUCGCGAAAAUAAGGCAAUGAGUAUAUCAGCUAAGCGGGAGCAUGAAAUUUUUGUAGAGAACAAAUCGCAAAAGGAGGAAGAAUGUAGAAAUUUUAAACUCCAAAUGGACAAUUGCGGUCGCAGAAUUGAUAAGCUUAAGCGCGAUAUUGCAAAUUUACAAGCGAACAAAAAGAAUCGCUAUUCGAUUUAUGGACAAGAGAUGCAAGCACUUUUGGAUGAAAUAGAGCGCCAUUGCCGCGCACGUAAGUUCAGCGAUCGCCCGCGUGGUCCCAUCGGCAGUUAUCUGGAUGUGCCGGAACAGAAAUAUCGUGAUGUGGUUGAGAAUCAAAUUGGCGGUUUGCUGCGUGCAUUCAUAGUGAACAAUACAGCCGAUCGUGUGUUAUUAAAUUCGAUUAUAAGACAACGUUUACCGAAUAUGCAAGUGACAAUUGUAACGGCUAAAUUUUCAAAUAAGGUGCACGAUGUGCGUUCCGGUCGUGUACGUCCACCGCCAGGCACAUAUUUACUUUACGAUGUCAUCAAGUGUCGGGACCCAGUGGUUAUGAAUUGUUUAAUCGAUCAGCUGAGUAUUGAGACAAUUCUGUUGACGGACACCAAACAUGUUGCAGAGAAUUUUACCAUGCAACAGGAGCAGGUGCCGCAUAAUUUGCGUAAAAUUAUUGUAGCAACAGAGCCGGCUUUAGAGUAUUAUCCCGAUCCAAGGUUUCGUAUGUACUCGUUUAAGAUCCGACCUGCACGUUUCAUACAAGUAAAUGUGGACGAAUGUAUCAGGCAACUUGAACAAGAGUAUCGUAGAAUCGAAAAUGAGCGGCUGGGAUUCCAAGAUUCAUUUGCAGAAUCAGAACGCGAUUUGCGUAACUCAAUACAACAGCUCAAAGAGAAACUGGCACUAAUGCAGAAGCAUACAGUGGAGGUCACACAGUUGGAGCAACGCAUUGCCGAUUUGGAAAAUUAUGAAUAUCCCGACACAAAUGAAUCCUGUGUUUUGCAAAAAGAGCUUGCUGAAAAUGAAGAGAAACUGCAGAAAUAUUUGCAAACAUUGGAACAGAAAAAAAGGGAGUGCACUCUAGCUGAGAAUGAGAAACAAAACGUUGAAAUUGAGCUGCGGAAGCAUAUGGACAAACUGAAUGAGAUACAGGCGAAAAUACGCGAAAAAGAGAACGAAUCUAAUGAAUUACAAAUGCGCUUGCGCAACUUAUCGACCAAUUACCAAAAGUUUGAAGAUAAAAAGCGGCGCAUCGAUGAAUGCGUACAAACCGAAGAGGCAAAUAAAAAACGCAAACAAAAGGAAUUAGACAAUCAAUUGAAAGUCGCGAACAAGCGUGGUGAACGUAUAGAUACUGAACGUGCACCCGAUGAUAUACUCGAUGAUAUUAAAAUAAGUGAAGUUAAAUUAAGGCAAGGUGCACCGAUCAAAGAGGAUCCCAAGAAGCUCGAGGAGGAAAUUAAGCGUUCGAAGCGUACAUUAACCGUUGAUCGGAGCACGUUGAAGACAUUUAAGUUGGUUGCUGAGCAACUGCGCCAAUCACAAUCGAAGCGUAUGUACUUUGUUAAAAGUUUCAAGGGUCAUAUGGUGACAAUGUUGCAGUAUACAUUCAAUAAUGUGCUGAGUAAACGUCGCUUUACCGGCUCCAUUGAGGUCAAUCACAAGGAGCAAACAAUGGAAAUUUCUGUGGUGCCACGUGAUAAUCACAUCGAAGAUGCUGUAACCAACACGCGUGCACUUUCCGGUGGCGAGCGUUCAUACACAACAGUGGCUUUCCUUAUCUCGCUGUGGGCUUGCGUUGAUCAUCCGUUCUUCUUUCUGGACGAAUAUGAUGUUUUUGCGGAUGAGGUCAACCGCGAAUAUAUGACCCUUUUGCUGAAAAAUGAAGGACAAAAGCGCGCAAAUCGGCAAUUUGUAUUUCUAACACCGCAAGACAUGUCGAUUGAAGCCACUGAUUUCAUAAGAAUACAUCGUUUGGCAGAGCCGAUUCGUAACUAACAGCAACUACACUGAACCCAUUCCAUCCUUCGAACAAGUAUACGUUUGCGCUCAGGCAGCGCCCCUUUUUUUUCAAUAAUUUCCUUUCUAUCUAUUCGUUUGUGCUAGCAGUACCCAGUAUCAUUUAAUUUAGUAUCGAAAACUAAUGAUCGAUUAACUACACGUGAAUUUUUUUUCGUUUUAUUUAUAUAUAAGUUUUAUAUGAAUGUAUACGUGUCAUUAUGCACAUUACUGUAAACAUUUAUGUAUGGCAUAUAUGCAUUACGGUGGUCCUUAAAAUAUAUACGCACAAAGACAUCGUCGAAAUUUUCAAAAUUAAGAAAAAAAUAUAAAAAUUUUGACUUUGACCUGCUAUAACUCAGCGAAUUUAUGAAUUUAUAUGAGCAAGUUUCAGUACCCUGAGUUACAGCUGGUCAGAGUCAAAAUUUUUACAAUUUAAUAAAAAUUUAAAUUUUUCAAUUUUAAAAGAUUAGUAGAUGGCUUUAUUUUGUACGU